UUUGCCCGGUGGCCGCGCUGAGUGACAGACUGAGACGGGUGCAGCUACAGAGCGGAGAUGUCUCCGGCGGUGAAGUUUCCUCUGCAGCCCGAGCCGUUACCGUGGAGAAUAGUCCGCAGCGCCGAGUUUCAGCCAUCUGUUGACCCUUUGCUGAGUACAAGUGACAGCGUUGACACCUCUUCUGGCGGCCAUCCGGAAUAUGUUGCCUUCUACUUGGUUCCUAUUUUCUUCAUCAUGGGUUUGGUUGGAGUACUCAUCUGCCAUAUUCUUAAAAAGAAAGGCUAUCGCUGCACCACAGAAGCCGAGCCCGAGGAGAAAAUCACUAUAGAGAAAAUCGAGACACAAGAAAGUGUCGGAGACACAAACAAUGACACUGUCGGGCAGAUUGUGAGCUUUAUAAUGAACAAUGAAGCGAAUGCGGAUAUCCUGAAAUCCAUGGCUGCCGACCUCUCGGCGAUGGGAGAUAACAGCAUGUUUGAUCCAGACAGCCCAACAACACCAAACACUCCUGUGAGCCCGACCUCUCCAACUAGUCCAGCCUCUCCGGGUGGAACACCAUCCAAGCAUUCCUGUCGCGGGCACCAUCUUCAUACUGUCGAUGGAGUGGCAGAGAGAAACGUGUGCAGUCGAUGCAACAACAAACGCUGGAAUUUAAUCAGGUCACCCCUGAAACCUAAAGAGUCAAAGAAAAGCAGACCAGGAGCCGUCACAGUCCUUUCUGUAGGGAGGUUCAGAGUCACAAAGGUAGAGUCCAAGUCUAAAGAAAGGAAGCGUUUAAUGUCUGAAGGAAGAGACUCAACAAAUGGUGAAGUGCCACCUACACCCGUCAGUGUGGACACCAGGCAGAGAAGCAGCUCAGAGACAGAGAAUCCGAGCACGGUGGACACCUGAAGCGUUGCGGUUCUUCAGAGGGAUCAGCAGCACUUGAGUCAUUUGAGAAGACAGUGAGGAGGAGGUUUUAGAAAAUCAUUUGAAGCGGAGUUGUCCUGGCGCACGGCCCGUGUUCAGAACGCGUCACUCUUCUCUUUUGAGUAGUACAUCGAUUUUGGAUAAAAAAAAAGGAAAUUUAUAAAUUUUAAAAUAGGAUGCUUCUACGGAGGAAAGCACAUUUUUACAUUGUAUAUAAAUGCUGUCUAGUAGUACAACACUACAUGUGUAUAUAUUAAUCAGAAUUAGUGUGUAGUAACUUUCUGGACUAUUACAUUGUGUAAACUUACUGCUGUCUUAGGCUGUGUUCACAUCAGGUUAAUGGCCUCCAUAUAACAUAUCCGCCAGGACGUGACGGGGGUAUCUGUCGUUUUAACUAACUGCUGACAUGUCAUAAUGACAUUACAGAAGUUUUGAUCAGUGAGGGUCUGGGUGCAGACAAACAAGGGGGCAGAAGAGCCCCAGCUUGUUCACCUUUGCCCAGCUCGCCCUGGAGAGUGGAGAGAGCUCCACGGAAAGUGUAUGGACGUUCCAUGAAUCUGUAAGCUACUUGCUCGAAGAGCUGAGCAUAGCUCAACAGAAAUGAAGGGCCACAGCUUUUGCAUCUUUAUUUUAGGCCAGACACAGACCAAAGACUUCACUGCGAGAAAACUCCCUUCCUCUUCUGACAGGGUCGCACAGCAUUAUAUUAAUUUAUAGUGCUGCAUGUCCCUGUUAGUCAUUGUCAUUCAGUGGAAGCAAGACCGUACAGAAUUGUGAACCAUUAAAAUGCUGUGCGGUCCGGUCAGCGGAGCAGAAGUCAGAAAGACUCACAUUGAACUCGUUCGGCUCUGUCUGGCCUUAACCAUUGGUGGGGGUCUCGGCACUUUUGAAAUGUCAGAAGUUUGUUAAAAUGAUAGUCAAGCUUGAAACUUUUUUUUUUUCUUCAAUAUAACCAUUUGCCAUUGAAUGGAGUGUUGUCUACUUCACAUUUCCAACUAUUGUUUUUGUUUUACGGUAUUUUCGUUUCGUGGAAUACUGAUGUGUACCAGCCAGAGAAAGGCUAAAAGACCACUCCCAACAUACCUGCUGUGCGGAUAUCACAACCCUGUUGUGAACCCAGCCUUAGACAAUCACCUGGAAAAGCUGUAUGAAAUAAAGCUGCCAUUCAGUUUGAAAGAGGUGCCUUUUUUAAUGUAGCAUCCUGCCAGAAAAUAUGACUUAUAAUUAAAGGGGUUGUGCAGCCUGAUUAAAAAAAGAAAAAAAACCUAAUGGGUGGCAGGAGUGUGUUCAAGAAUGUGUGUUUUUUUUUUUUUUUGUGUUUUUUUUUCUUUUAAGAAUAGUCUUUCAAAAUGCCAUCCGCUCCAGUGCUGCAGAAUCCCUCGUUCCCUGCCGGACAUGGGGUGACUGGGACCUGUUUUUGGUCACGAGCGCUAAAGCCACUCGCUGGCUUCAGUGGUCACAUUUGGGAGAGUGGCUCGUCAUUAGAAAUGAUGUGCUUGUUAUUGCUGAGGCCAUUGACACAGCGAUGUGAUAACCAAGAAUCGUGGGACCAUUGGGAGCCGCAGUUCUGGAACGGAGGGCGCUUUGAAAGGUGAGUGAGUUUUAUCUAUUUUUGGACAUAGUCCUGCACCCAUUUUUUUUUUAAUGUUCUGUUAAUUAGUGAAAGUGUGUAAAAAUAUAUCUUACACCUG